GGUGAUGACACAGCUGUCAUGCAGCACACCACACACUCACCUGCCAAGGUGAUGACACAGCUGUCAUGCAGCACACCACACUCACCUGUCAAGGUGACGACACAGCUGUCAUGCAGCACACCACACUCACCUGCCAAGGUGACGACACAGCUGUCAUGCAGCACCACCACACACUCACCUGCCAAGGUGACGACACAGCUGCCAUGCAGCACACCACAGACAGACCUCCCGAGGAGCAGAGGAUGUCCAGAGCUGACUGGUCCUUCCUGGAGCACCUGCUGGAGGAGGGUCAGGAGUACUCGACAGGCAUCGGCCGCAUCUGGCUUACCGUUCUAUUCCUGUUCCGCAUGCUGGUGCUCGGCGCAGCGGCCGAGUCCGCCUGGGACGACGAGCAAGCCGACUUCGUCUGCAACACGCGGCAACCGGGCUGCACCGCCGUCUGCUACGACAAAGCCUUCCCCAUCUCGCACUUCCGCUACUUCGUCCUGCAGGUCAUCUUCGUCUCCACGCCCACCAUCUUCUACUUUGGAUACGUGGCUGUAAGGUCGGGGAAGGAGAGGCAGCCGGAGGAUGUUCCUGAGGAUAAGCACGAAGAGGAGCAUGCCAAAAAAGGGAGCGCGGCCGUGAAGAGUUCAGCAGAAGCUCCGAAACUGAAAGGAAAGCUUCUAUGCGCCUACACGUUCAGCAUCCUCUUGAAGGUUCUCCUCGAGGUCGGCUUCAUGGUGGGCCUGUGGAUCCUCUAUGAUGGCUUCCUCAUCGAUGCAAAGUUCGAGUGCGUAGGCUUACCCUGCCCUCACACGGUGGACUGCUUCGUCUCCCGCCCUACGGAGAAGACCAUCUUCACCAUCUACACUCAGGCCAUUGCUGCCAUCUCCUUGCUCCUCAACCUCAUUGAGCUCCUCCACCUGCUUCAGCUCGCCAUUUCUCAACAUCUGGAGAAGCGGUACCAAGGAGAGGCGUAUCCGCCACGCCUGUAUCGGGCGGCCGCCAGACCGGAGACGCUGGAGCUCGGAGAAGUACCUCUGGAAUCUUACAGUGGGAGUUUGCCAGUGCCGAGCGAGGCGACAGGCUACACUACCAACCCCUGUGAGAGCUUUGGGGAUCUGGACCCUACGGUCAACUGGGCGCCCACAGAGGCUGGGAGUGACGUGCUUCCCAGCUAUAGGCACUGCAUGGAGGCUAUCAGGACAUCACGGCCAUCGAGGAACCACUAUAGACACAACAAGAACAACCACUUGGGGCCUUCAAAGCAGAAGCACUACGUCUGACCAAGGAUUGUUGAUCUUGUACACUGGAGUAAAAUAUAUCCUCGGUGGUGUCAAACGGUACAUAAGUCUGCUUUUCGCAGGGUUGGAUACCCGGCCAGGGUCGUCCAAACAAAGCCCGGGCAAACCCUGUUAGGACGAAGGCCAACAACAAAACAAGAAGCAGCAUUUUGGGGCGCAUAGUGUCCCAAGUGUUAGCAUGUUGGCCUCACAGUCGGGAAAUCUAGGGUCCAAAUGUCAGUUUGCGCAUCUCUGCGAGGUUUGCAUGCGUACGUGGGUUCUCUCCAGGUAUUCUGGCUUCCUCCCACAUUCCAGAAACACGUUUGGUAAAUUGGAGACUUUCAAUUGUCCGUAGGUGUGAAUGUUGGUUUAGCCCCUCCAGGAAUUUCAACAAAUCCCCGUGAAUUAUGUAGAGCCUCGCAACUUCCCCACAAAUUUUGGCCAAUCAGCGUCGUUUUUGUCUCUGAGCGGCGCUCGAUUUCGCAAUAACCUUAAAAUCUAAACUUACGCUUGCUUCUUGUGUGAACGAAGCAGGGACAACAGCGUGUGACAAUAUAUCAACUGUUUAUUGAUCAAACGGCACAAUUGACAUCCACCCGCGUAGCUAAGACCUACACCCUGUUCCUGUCUGCAACACUAAGCCUUCUGGGUAAUGUAGUAUACAAACAUCAAGUGUAAAACCUACACCGAUAAUUUCUGCAACUUGUGGAAGACAGAGCAGACAGCGGACAAUAAGGAAGCUUUUGGUGAGGUUUCUUUCUGUAAUCAUAAUUAUUGCUAUUAUUGGUCAUAAUUAAUGAAAACCGUACAGGACCGAAUUAUCCGGACUAUAGAGCACACUGGUAUAUAAGGCGCACUUAUUAAUUGUUGAAGACAAAACAUUUUCCAUGCACUAGUCGCACCGGACUGUAAGCGAAAUGAAUAUUUACACCGACAGAUUUUGUAAAUGUUUAUUUACAUACCUUAAUUGUUUCCAAACGGUGUCUGUAACUCGGCAGUAAAACGGCUGAUCAAACAAAACAGAAGUCAUCGUCAUGGACCCACUAGCUGCGGAACCGAGCUCCCCAAUCAGCUAAACACACUCAAUAACUCCACGGUGACGUUUUGGUGAAUUUACGAAAUUGAAACAAUACAAAAAGAAUACCAUUGUAAGUUAAUAAUACUAACACAGACACUCGUUAACGUAUUAGCAUAUUAGUUCAUGCUAACGACGCUAGCUUCAAUACAUUAUGGUAGCAUUUAGAAACAUGCAUGAAAACACCCCUACAGACAUCACACAUGGGACGGUUUAGUAAGUAAGAAUUGUUUUAGUUGCGUUGUAAAAUUUACAAACAUUGCUUGGAGGGAUGAAUGAAGAAUCCAUACCAGUAGAAACGCUACGGAUGAAUAGAAGACGGAACGGCACUUGUACUUCCGGUUGAAAGCACAAAAGAGAAGGAAAUACUGUAGACGUUCACCCUGCCCGCAGCACCUGCAGUGAGUGGACUCGUCCAAAAGAUGGCGCCAUAGCACAAACAAUAGCACACCUUUCAGUGCAUUAUGGCCGUCAGCAAAGAACAAUACCUAAAUUAGCCGCACCGUUUUAUAAGCCGCAGGGUGCAAAGCGUAACGGCUCAUAGUAAAACAAAACGAUAAUUUAACGAGUCAUCAAGUGCCUACUUUUAAGUCUGUGCUGUAUAAAACCAGUAAAACAUCAUUAUUUGUUUCCCGGUUUUUAUCAAAAUCCUGUACUUUUUGAUGUUAACGUUAGAAAGAACACGAAAAACAUGGGUAACAUACAGUCCUGGUCAAAAGUGUACAUAAAGAACAUCAUGUCAUGGCUGUCUUGAGUUUCCAAUCAAUCGAUCACUUGUGACCAACAAGUAUGUGCUCCAAUCACUCUAUCACAAAAAAAUAAGAGUUAUAGAAAUGAUUGGAAACUCGCGACAGCCAUGACAUGAUGUUCUUUACACGUGUAUGUACACUUUUGACCACGACUUAGACUUAGACAAACUUUAAUGAUCCACAAGGGAGAUUAUAUUUAAUAAAUUACGAGUUGAUUCCAUGUCAUUGGGAAAAAACACGCAUCGUAACUUUACCCCCCAACUUUAUGAAAAAGCUGCCGCAAAAAUCACAAAAAGAGCCCGUGAAAUCCUGGAGGGAUUGUUUGUAGUUCUAGAGCCAGCAGAUCACCCGCGGGCCUAAUGCGGGUGCACGGUAUAGAAAAGGAGCGGAGUGAAAGACGUGCCCAAUGAGAGCUGUAAUCAAGCAGAACCAAGGAACAAGACUCGCACUGUGAACCCGUCGCCUCACAGGCGCCAAAGAAUACCAAAUAACGGACUUUUUCAAGAUGUCAGAGACAAUCCCCGAGGGAGGAUACUCUGCUAGUCAUGAGAUACUUCUAACAAGCUGUUGCGAGCAGAUAUAAACAAAAACCCGUCCCUGGAGCUCCUCUCUGCCCACAAGGUGGAAUGUUCCGGUCUCAGCUCAGCUCCCAGGAGGAUCACGGUCCCCUUUCACCCAGUCACUGGAGUUAGGGGCCGAGAACAGAAGCGUGGGACUCCUGGGGGCUGAAGGGGCUUAUCGUCACAACGACACUUACAGUAUUGAGGCAACAGGCGGAGAGGACCACUCUGGCAACACAAAAUGCUUCUGGGACUUGGAAAGUGGUACAAAAUAAUAUGUAUUUAUAUUUAUUCUACACAAAAUAAAGUGGUAAGUCACGUGGUCUGUCUGAUGCACCUCACUCAUAUCUAGGGGUGAAUUAGGGUGAAUUGUCAUCCCAUUGGGUUGAGUUUUUCCUUGCCCUGACGUGGGAUCUGAGCCGAGGAUGUCGUCGUGGCUUGUGCAGCCCUUUGAGACACUCGUGAUUUAGGACCAUAUAAGUAAACAUUGAUUGAUUAAGUUAAAGUUAGAGUAGCAAUGAUUGUCACACAGACACACUAGGUGUGGUGAAAUUGGUCCUCUGCAUUCGACCCAUCCCCUUGUUCACUCCCUGGGAGGUGAGGGGAGCAGUGAGCAGCAUCAGCAGUGGCCACGCUCGGGGGAUCAUUUUUGGUGAAUUAACCCCCAAUUC